AAUAAAUCAAUUAACACUAAUAAAAUGAAAGGUGUUGUAGUCUUCUUAGCCCUCGCGGCUUUGGGGAGCGCUAAGCCUCGUCUGUUCGAGACGUUCCAAGACCACUUUCAACACUUUUUGGACAUAAGCAAUGCCUUGGAGGGUGCCCAUUGGAGACGACAACAGGGUCAGGGGUACACUCCUAACCCAGAAUACAUCGAAAUGUUGAACAAGCUGAGCGAGCAAAACUUGAAACAGAUGCUCGCUGAUUUAAAAAAGGAGCCUGAAGUGCAAGACAUUAUUGAAUAUUUAGACAACCUCACGAUCGACGUCGAUUACUACGUCGAUAACUUACAAUGGAUUAUCCAAAAGUUGCACGCAAACGACACAGAUGGUAUCCCUGGUGUAGAAUUCCACCACAGAACCCGUCGUCACCCCAUGACAGGCACCACAAUGAUAACAGCCCUUGCGGAUACCGUGAGCAUGCUUCCUAUCAGACAACUCCGUGCUACUUUCAACGAAAAAAUGGCCAAGAACCAAUUAUUCAGAACUGCCAUCGAAGGACUCAAAAGCGAUCGUUUUUUGACACUCUACAAGGCGCUCUGGAAGAACGAAGCAUUCCUUAAAGUUAGGGAUAUUUUGGCUGAUUGUCAUUUUGACCUUAAGUACAUAUUUGAAGAGUUGGCUUUAUCUCUACUUGGUCAAAACGACCCUAUUCAGGUGACAUUCCAAAUUCAGUUUGACGAAUUCCUAGACAUCAUUGUGAACAUGGAAUCACCACAUUGGCUGCGUCAACUUGGGGGUUACAAAUCGUUCCCUGAAUUCAGGAAAAGCUUAAGCGCCUUGUCAAAGACAAAGCUAGUUAGACACUACCCACAGCUAAACUCGGCUAGUCCUGCUUUCAAAAAGGUGGAUGCUUUCUUGAAAAGACAUGGCAUCUUUGUUGCGUACUGGAUUGAUCGUACUGACUUCCUUACGGAAUUCUUCGAAAAGAACGACCACGCAAUUGGCUGUAAUGAGAUUAUACCAACCCAAGAAUCCCACAGAUCCCGUCGUCACCCAAUGACAGGAAGGACCAUGCACACAUUUUUGGCUGACACUGUCAGUCUUCUCCCAAUCAGACAACUUAAAUCUCUCUUUAACGAAAAAAUGGAAACCAACGCGAUAUUCAAAACAGCUAUCGAAGGUCUGAGAAGUAACGAAUUUAAAGAAAUCUAUAAUGCUCUCUGGACUGACGACGUCUGGUUAAACCUCGUAGAUGAACUGAAGACUGAAUAUGACUUUGAUCUUAAAUACGUUAUUGAAACGCUAGCUCCUGCUCUAUAUGGACAAAAUGUACCACUGUACAUAUCAUUCCAAACUCAAUUUGACGAAUUCUUUGAAAUUAUCAUUGCUAACGUAGGAGACAGUAUCAACAGCUUACUUAAGGCCUACAAACAGAACGAUGCCUUCAGAGCUAGCUUGGACACUAUUGACAACACAGUUUUCAUCCAGCUCUACCAAGACUUGCGCAACCUUGACGUUUUCCAAACACUUGAUGCGUACUUGAAGAAACACGACGUCUAUGUUCCCUACUACAUUGACAGAUUCGAAUAUUUGACACAUCGUUUAAACACAAAUGUGACCGCAGUCGGAGACCUUGAAAUUAAGCAGCAGUCAAGUCAAGAUAUCACACCCAGUGGUACCACCAUGGCCGACUUCUUUGCUGAUGUUGUCAAUAUUCUACCAAAAACGGAAUUGGCGGCUUUAUACACGAAGAAAAUGUCAGAGAACACUGUAUUUUCGACCGCCGUAAAUUCGUUGACAAGUGCCGAAGGAAAGAAAAUGUACAACGACCUUUGGGCAAACAGAACAUUCCAGGCUAUUGCAAACGCAUACGCCAACUACGACUUUAACUUUAGAUACAUUUUAGAAACCCUCGUGCCUGCUCUUUACAAAAAGAAGCAAAAAUCAAUUAACACUAAUAAAAUGAAAGGUGUUGUAGUCUUCUUAGCCCUCGCGGCUUUGGGGAGCGCUAAGCCUCGUCUGUUCGAGACGUUCCAAGACCACUUUCAACACUUUUUGGACAUAAGCAAUGCCUUGGAGGGUGCCCAUUGGAGACGACAACAGGGUCAGGGGUACACUCCUAACCCAGAAUACAUCGAAAUGUUGAACAAGCUGAGCGAGCAAAACUUGAAACAGAUGCUCGCUGAUUUAAAAAAGGAGCCUGAAGUGCAAGACAUUAUUGAAUAUUUAGACAACCUCACGAUCGACGUCGAUUACUACGUCGAUAACUUACAAUGGAUUAUCCAAAAGUUGCACGCAAACGACACAGAUGGUAUCCCUGGUGUAGAAUUCCACCACAGAACCCGUCGUCACCCCAUGACAGGCACCACAAUGAUAACAGCCCUUGCGGAUACCGUGAGCAUGCUUCCUAUCAGACAACUCCGUGCUACUUUCAACGAAAAAAUGGCCAAGAACCAAUUAUUCAGAACUGCCAUCGAAGGACUCAAAAGCGAUCGUUUUUUGACACUCUACAAGGCGCUCUGGAAGAACGAAGCAUUCCUUAAAGUUAGGGAUAUUUUGGCUGAUUGUCAUUUUGACCUUAAGUACAUAUUUGAAGAGUUGGCUUUAUCUCUACUUGGUCAAAACGACCCUAUUCAGGUGACAUUCCAAAUUCAGUUUGACGAAUUCCUAGACAUCAUUGUGAACAUGGAAUCACCACAUUGGCUGCGUCAACUUGGGGGUUACAAAUCGUUCCCUGAAUUCAAGAAAAGCUUAAGCGCCUUGUCAAAGACAAAGCUAGUUAGACACUACCCACAGCUAAACUCGGCUAGUCCUGCUUUCAAAAAGGUUGAUGCUUUCUUGAAAAGACAUGGCAUCUUUGUUGCGUACUGGAUUGAUCGUACUGACUUCCUUACGGAAUUCUUCGAAAAGAACGACCACGCAAUUGGCUGUAAUGAGAUUAUACCAACCCAAGAAUCCCACAGAUCCCGUCGUCACCCAAUGACAGGAAGGACCAUGCACACAUUUUUGGCUGACACUGUCAGUCUUCUCCCAAUCAGACAACUUAAAUCUCUCUUUAACGAAAAAAUGGAAACCAACGCGAUAUUCAAAACAGCUAUCGAAGGUCUGAGAAGUAACGAAUUUAAAGAAAUCUAUAAUGCUCUCUGGACUGACGACGUCUGGUUAAACCUCGUAGAUGAACUGAAGACUGAAUAUGACUUUGAUCUUAAAUACGUUAUUGAAACGCUAGCUCCUGCUCUAUAUGGACAAAAUGUACCACUGUACAUAUCAUUCCAAACUCAAUUUGACGAAUUCUUUGAAAUUAUCAUUGCUAACGUAGGAGACAGUAUCAACAGCUUACUUAAGGCCUACAAACAGAACGAUGCCUUCAGAGCUAGCUUGGACACUAUUGACAACACAGUUUUCAUCCAGCUCUACCAAGACUUGCGCAACCUUGACGUUUUCCAAACACUUGAUGCGUACUUGAAGAAACACGACGUCUAUGUUCCCUACUACAUUGACAGAUUCGAAUAUUUGACACAUCGUUUAAACACAAAUGUGACCGCAGUCGGAGACCUUGAAAUUAAGCAGCAGUCAAGUCAAGAUAUCACACCCAGUGGUACCACCAUGGCCGACUUCUUUGCUGAUGUUGUCAAUAUUCUACCAAAAACGGAAUUGGCGGCUUUAUACACGAAGAAAAUGUCAGAGAACACUGUAUUUUCGACCGCCGUAAAUUCGUUGACAAGUGCCGAAGGAAAGAAAAUGUACAACGACCUUUGGGCAAACAGAACAUUCCAGGCUAUUGCAAACGCAUACGCCAACUACGACUUUAACUUUAGAUACAUUUUAGAAACCCUCGUGCCUGCUCUUUACGGACAAUAAUCAGUUAGUUAUACGUGUUGUAAAAAUAUUGUAGAAAUCUAAUAAAUUUUUGAAAACA